AUGGAAAAAGCAUUUAGUGAACUCAAUUUAUGUUUGGAAUCUUUAAACCAAUUUUUAUCACAAAAAUAUGACCCUCUAGAGCAUUAUGAAAUCAUAGAUUUACUCCAAAGAAUAUAUGAGUUAUUAGCCGCUACUGGCAAUAAUUUAAUUAUCAAUAUUUCUCCAUCAAAAAUCUAUUGUUUGCACUGCUAUAAUGAAAUUCCGAUUAAAGAAAUAGACUCAUCUAUUCAUUUAUCUUGCAAUCCAUAUCAUUGUUUUUGCUCUACACAUUGUUUCAGAAGGCAUGCACUAUUAUGCACUGAUAGCAAACUAAUUGAUUUAGACUAUGUAAGAUGUCCAGCAUGCCUCACAUCUAUUGAUAUCUCACACACUUGUGAUGCUUUUGAUGGAAAUCUUCCACAAAUUUAUGAAGAAUAUAAAAAAGAGCAAAUCGCAACUUUUAAGUGCUUGAUAUGUUUAACUAACUAUGAAAUUGAAGAAGGCAUUACCCUAGAUUGUGACCACAGAUGCAACCAAAAAUUAAAAUGUCCAUUAUGUCCUCAGCCUAUAUCAUCUACACCAUUGAAUAUUAAAUUUCUUUAG